UGAAGCACACCACCCUCUCUGUCAGUAAUGACACGCCAGUCUGUGGGCCGGCUGACAUAAGGGGGAGACCAAACACUGAGAGCUCAUUUGGAGAGUGGGGGGAAACACACGAAAUGUCAUUUAAAACGCCUUCACUGCUGCCUGGAGAAGUCGACAGCCUUCGGAAAAGAUCAGUGGCUGAAUCAACAGAUAACUGUUGCGAUCCUGAGCAUCAUCAGCGGUUCACCCGGCUGCAGAUCCAGCCUGAGAGGCUGUUUGUUGGGCCCCAUCAUCCAGAUGUGGGCGCACUGGCGACACCCUCCCCCGACGGCUCUGUUCAUCACUUCUGCCAGUUCACGCCAAAGUGCCUGCUUGCUGUCUCCAGAGGAGCACAUGGGAACUCUCCCCCAAGGCAUGGAGAGGAAGGAUGGCAUGAUGGCACCUCGAGGACGACCAUCAGAGUCGACAAUGAGGUGGAAGCACACAGAGAGGCUAACAACUACAAGUUUGGAUUUAGAAAAUGGAAGGGCAACGUGACCGAGAAACCAAUCGAAGACCGAUCUGACAUCGACAAGGAACUGCACACCGACCUCAGCAUCGUUAAGAACACUGAAGUUCCAGUGGUCACCGUUGGGAACAUAGUGUAUGUGUUUUUAUUUGGCUGGUGGGUCUCCUUAACCUACCUGCUCAUUUGCCCUGUGAUGUUUCUGACUGUCUUUGGUGUCCCUUAUGGUAAAGUCUGUUUAAAGUUGGCCUGGUAUAUAAUUUGGCCGUUUGGAAAAUCCAUACAAAGGGCUUGUCGUUUAGUUGACUUGUCUGCCGUGAAGCCGACAAACUGCGACAUUGUUCCACAGGAGCACGACGAUAAGGAUCUGGUUGGGGACAAGGACUGUGCACCUCUUCUGGUGUCCUCCCCCCUCCCUGUUGAGAUCCCCGCUCCGACUCGUCCGCCAAGAAAAACCACAAAGCACUGGUGCCGCGUCGGCACUUUCCUUUGGUUGUUGCUGGGUUACCCAGUCCUGGCUGUGGUCCACUGCCUCGCAUUUGUCCUGUCCUGGCUCCCGGUCUUCACCAUCCCCAUUGCAAAGAUGAACAGCCGCAUCCUGACCACAGUCCUCCUCAUGGCACCGGAGGACAUCGAGAUCCAUUCGCUGGAUAAGAAGGACGUGUGUCAGACAAGAGUUGUCUUGUACUGUUAUCAGGCCUUCAAUGUGUAUUACUACAAAUACACAGUCCAAGGGAUCAACAUCUUUGCUCUCAACUUGUUACCUUUGGUAUUCGUGACUGUAAUCGCUGGCUACGCUGACCGAGAGCAUGAAUACUUCAGCACAGAGACCAUGUUUACGAUAGCCAUCACGUCCAUAAUUCCCCUGUCCUACUAUAUAGGCAUGGGAAUUGCAAGCAUUUCCGCACAGAGCAACUUCGCAGUGGGGGCAGUAGUCAACGCGACGUUUGGCUCCAUCACGGAGAUGACCUUCUACAUCACGGCGCUGCUUCGGGGGCAUCGCGCCGGCAGUAAUUGUUACGAGGAGAUCGUCAAAUCUGCACUGGCUGGCACUCUGAUUGGGUGCAUUCUGUUCAUACCCGGUAUUUGUAUGACUAUUGGAGGAAUCAAACACAGUGAGCAGAGAUUUAACAGUCGCUCGGCCGGCGUGAGCUCAGCUUUGCUCUUCAUAUCCAUUGGAGGUGUGUUUGCACCCACCCUUUUCUCAAAGACCUUUGGCAACCUGGUGUGCGAAAACUGCUCCAGUACUCCCGGUAACAGCACCGUACCAUUCACCUGCAAGGACUGCCACUAUGACACGACUACAGUUGACCCACAUUUAAUUCUGUCCCAUAUUGAGCCUCUGGUGUACACCAUUUCCGUCCUGCUGCCUGUUUCCUAUCUGAUCGGGCUCAUCUUCACACUCAAGACCCAUGCUCACAUUUAUGAUAUCCAUGUCAGCGACGGUCAUGGGGGACAAGCACACGGUCACCCUGUUGUCCACUGGUCCAGAUGGAGGGCUCUCGCAGUGCUGAUUUUUGCCACGGUGCUCAUGGCCAGCUGUGCGGAUCUUUGCACCGUCAACAUCGAGCCCAUCCUGAGUCAUUCCUCCGUCUCCCAGUACUUCAUCGGCGUCACCGUAUUGGCGAUGGUGCCGGAGCUUCCCGAGAUCGUCAACGGGAUCCAGUUUGCACUGCAAAACAAUAUCAGCUUGAGUCUUGAAGUAGGCAGUUGCAUUGCUGUGCAGGUUUGCAUGAUACAGAUUCCACUUCUUGUCCUGUUUAAUGCUUUCUACGAUGUGGGAUUUGUGCUUGUGUUCAGUGACAUUCAUCUUUGGGCCAGCAUCUUCAGCGUCAUCCUGGUGAACUACAUCUUCAUGGAUGGGAAGUGUGACUACUUUCAGGGUACAGCCCUAGUGGCGGUAUAUUUCAUCGUUUUGGCCGUUUACUUCUUCGCUCCUUCUCCGCGCUCAUGUUAAUCUGUUUGCAAAGAAAAGAAUGCAUCUGUUCAGCUUUAUGCCAAAAGAUCACCGGUUUUUCAUUUUCGUUGGAUUUGGCUUCAGAUGCACAAAAAACUGGGAAACGAUCCGAGUGUUUGAAUCGUCUUCUCUGACCUACGAUUGAUGCUGUGCCCUUUGUUUUCUGAAACAUUCUCCUAGUGCUUUUGUUUGAUAUUUGUGAAUCUUGACUACUGAUGUAAACUUUUGGAAUGUGAUUAAAUGAAAUGUAAUAAAUUUCUCGGAUAAAAUGUUA